AUGACUAACAUCACGUAUAAAAAAGGAGACUGCUUAGCAUAUGGCAUUAAACACCCAAGGGUAGUAAUACAUUCAUGCAACUGUAAUGGUACCUGGGGCGGCGGUAUUGCGCGCCAGAUGGCUAUCAAAUAUUACCGGGCUGAAAGUGACUAUAUAGAUAUAUGUGAUAAAUUUGGAUCAAAACUUCUGGGAAAAUUCAUCCUCAUUCCAAGUUAUAGAACUCCAAAUUUGUUAAUUGGAUGUUUGUUUACUGCAUCGUUUGGUGGAGAGCAGCAUGGAACUGGAAAAAGUAUAUUACAUUAUACUAAGCUCGCUUUACAAGAUAUGAUCAAUAAAUUGAGUGGUGAAGAGCUAAUCCAGGAUGAAAUCGACUCUUAUUCAUCCAAAUAUAUGAAGAAUAUUCAGGUUUACAUGAAGAUACCAAUUUCCGAAUAUGAAUUAGAAAUGCCGAAAAUCAAUAGUGGCAUUUUUGGCGUCCCAUGGCCUGAAACCGAAAAGCUCCUUGAAGAGUUUUCAUCCUCCAAAUUUACGGUAUAUGAAAUUUAA